AUGAUUGAAAGUCGGGUGGAACCUUAUCAUGGUUGCAAAGCUGGUCUGAGCAAUGAAGAAGCAACCAACAUGAACGUUGAAGAUGGCAGAGCCGAUGUGAAAAAAGAAAUGGUUGACGAUGCUCAUCGCAAUGACAUGGUUGGUAAUGUUGAACGUGCUAUUCUAGAACAGAAAUUUGAUUCGGUCAAAGAUGGAGAAGAUUUCUACAAUGCGUAUGCUAAAGCCAAGGGAUUUAGUAUACGAAAAUCCAGAUUUAACACAAAUAAAGAGGGAAAGGUCAUUAGUAGGCUGUGGUUGUGUUCAAGGGAAGGUCAGAGAUUACCAAAAUACUUGGACCGUGUUGCUGAGAAGAGUAGAGCUCCCAAGGCACUAACAAGAGUAGAUUGCAAAGCCCAAUUUCGCAUACGGUACGAUGCGGAUGCUGGUGAAGGGGGAAAGUAUGUUGUGACUCACUUCGUCGCAGACCACAACCAUGAAUUGGCGGAACAACACUGUGUGAUGUAUCUGAGGUCACAUCGCAGUUUAAACAGCGCUGACAACGCUCAAGCAAUGGCUAUGCGCAAUGUCGGUGUGAAGACUAGCCAAAUCAUGGACUAUAUGGUAAAUCAGCCCGGGUCUUAUGAGAAUGUUGGUUUCAUCCGCACGGAUCUGCACAACCAUAUUCAAGCCGAACGUAGAGCAGAAGUUGAGGAUGGUAAUGCGCAGGGUGCGUUGGUUUACCUAUGCGCAAAACUUGAUGUUGAUGCACGUUUUUGUUACAAGUAUGAUGUGUGUAACGAUAACAAGUUACAAAAUCUGUUCUGGGCAGAUUCGAAAUCGCGGGCCGACUACGCAAAGUUUGGUGAUGUUUUGGAAACAUUUAUGGAGGCGAUGGGAAAUAAAGCACCUGUGUCCGUACUGACAGAUGGGGAUAAGGCGAUGCGAGAGGCAAUCAGAAGAGUAUUUCCAGAUGCAAGACAUCGAUUAUGUAAUUGGCAUCUUGGGAAAAAUGCUGUUUCAAAUGUUCACAUAAGUGGCUUUGCACAUGCUUUCAAGCAGUGCAUGGACAUGGAAACGGAUGAGACAAAGUUUGAGCAUGGCUGGACGACAAUGGUCGAAGAAUUUGGACUUCAAACCAACAGUUGGGUGUUGGAGACAUAUGAGAAGCGUCAUAUGUGGGCUGAGGCAUAUAUGCGUGGACAUUUCUUUGCUGGGAUGAAGAGCACUCAGCGCUCGGAGUGUAUGAAUGCUUAUUUCAAUCCCUUCCUCCAACACAAAUUGAAGCUAUAUGAAUUUGUUAGGCACUAUGAUCGGGCUCUUGCAAGGAUAAGGUAUAACGAGGCUGGAGAUGAUGCUGAAACAAAUAACACUUUUCCGAAAAUCGUACCAUGGGUUCUACAUGGAAAGCUGAGAUAA